UAGCAGGUUCGGCCAGCCCGGACGCCGGCUGGGCGGCCGAGGCUGCUGUGAGAGGGCGCUCGAAGCUGCAGGAGAGCGAACUGGAGAAGGAGGCGGGGAGGCGGCUGCUGCACUCGCUCGACUGCUGGUUCCCUUCCCGUCGCCGCUGCGGGUCCGCCGCUGCUCUUCCUGCUCCGCGGCCUCUCGGUUACACGCCGUUGGAGCAGCCGCUCUUCGUUCGCGUCCAGGCUCUGUUCAGGAGUGGUGCGCGCCCGCGGACACCGCGCUGAGAGAGAGCCGGCGCCACACCUGUGGAGCCGGCGGCCGUCGGGGGUGCCGGCCAGGGUCUCACCGCGUGCGUGCUCCCGGCUGCGGGCCGCCGGAGCCCCGGGGGAGGCGCGCCCCCCAACUGGGCGCCGCGGACACCAUGGGGCUGCCCGCGCUCGAAUUCAGUGACUGCUGCCUCGACAGCCCUCACUUCCGAGAGACGCUGAAGUCGCACGAAGCGGAGCUAGACAAGACCAACAAAUUCAUCAAGGAGCUCAUCAAGGACGGGAAGUCACUCAUCAGUGCGCUCAAGAAUUUGUCUUCAGCGAAGCGGAAAUUUGCAGACUCCUUAAAUGAAUUUAAAUUUCAGUGCAUAGGAGAUGCAGAAACAGAUGAUGAAAUGUGUAUAGCAAGGUCUUUACAGGAGUUUGCCACUGUCCUCAGGAAUCUUGAAGAUGAACGGAUACGAAUGAUUGAGAAUGCCAGUGAAGUGCUCAUCACUCCCUUGGAGAAGUUUCGAAAGGAGCAGAUUGGGGCUGCCAAGGAGGCCAAAAAGAAGUAUGACAAGGAGACAGAGAAGUAUUGUGGCAUCUUAGAAAAGCACUUGAAUUUGUCUUCCAAGAAGAAAGAGUCUCAGCUUCAGGAGGCAGACAGCCAAGUGGACCUGGUUCGGCAGCAUUUCUAUGAAGUAUCCCUGGAGUAUGUCUUCAAGGUGCAGGAAGUCCAAGAGAGGAAGAUGUUUGAGUUCGUGGAGCCUCUACUGGCGUUCCUACAAGGACUCUUCACUUUUUAUCACCAUGGUUAUGAACUGGCCAAGGACUUCAACGACUUCAAGACACAGUUGACUAUCAGCAUACAGAAUACAAGAAAUCGCUUUGAAGGCACCAGGUCUGAAGUGGAAUCCCUGAUGAAGAAGAUGAAGGAGAACCCCCUUGAGCACAAGACCAUCAGUCCUUACACUAUGGAAGGGUACCUCUACGUCCAGGAGAAACGUCAUUUUGGAACUUCCUGGGUGAAGCAUUACUGUACAUAUCAACGGGAUUCCAAACAAAUCACCAUGGUACCAUUUGACCAAAAGUCAGGAGGAAAGGGGGGAGAAGAUGAAUCAGUCACCCUCAAAUCCUGCACACGGCGGAAAACAGACUCCAUUGAGAAGAGGUUUUGCUUUGACGUGGAAGCAGUAGACAGGCCCGGGGUUAUCACCAUGCAGGCAUUGUCUGAAGAGGACCGAAGGCUCUGGAUGGAAGCCAUGGAUGGCAGGGAACCUGUCUACAACUCAAACAAAGACAGCCAGAGCGAAGGGACUGCACAGUUGGACAGCAUUGGCUUCAGCAUCAUCAGGAAAUGCAUCCAUGCUGUGGAAACCAGAGGGAUCAAUGAGCAAGGGCUCUACCGAAUUGUGGGGGUCAAUUCCAGAGUGCAGAAGCUGCUGAGCGUCUUGAUGGACCCCAAAACAGCUUCUGAAACAGAAAUGGAUAUCUGCGCUGAGUGGGAGAUAAAGACCAUCACUAGUGCUUUGAAGACCUACCUAAGAAUGCUUCCAGGACCACUCAUGAUGUACCAGUUUCAAAGAAGUUUCAUUAAAGCAGCAAAGCUGGAGAACCAGGAGUCUCGGGUCUCUGAAAUCCACAGCCUUGUUCAUCGGCUCCCAGAGAAAAAUAGGCAGAUGUUACAGCUGCUCAUGAACCACUUGGCAAAUGUUGCUAACAACCACAAGCAGAAUUUGAUGACAGUGGCAAACCUCGGCGUGGUAUUUGGACCCACCCUGCUGCGUCCUCAGGAAGAAACUGUGGCAGCCAUAAUGGAUAUCAAGUUUCAGAACAUAGUCAUUGAGAUCCUAAUAGAAAAUCAUGAAAAGAUAUUUAACACCGUGCCAGACACGCCCCUCACCAAUUCCCAACUACACCUGUCUCGGAAGAAGAGCAGUGACUCCAAACCCCCGUCCUGCAGCGAGAGGCCCUUGACGCUCUUCCACACCGUGCAGUCAACAGAGAAACAGGAACAAAGAAACAGCCUCAUCAACUCCAGUUUGGAAUCUGUCGUCUCUUCAAAUGCGAACAGCAUCCUCAAUUCCAGCAGCAGCUUACAGCCCAACAUGAACUCCAGUGACCCAGACCUGGAUGUGCUCAAACCCACCCGGCCCAACUCACUCCCCCCGAAUCCAAGCCCAACUUCACCCCUCUCGCCAUCUUGGCCCAUGUUCUCGGCGCCAUCCAGCCCUAUGCCCACUUCAUCCACGUCCAGCGACUCAUCCCCCAUCAGGUCUGUUGCAGGGUUUGUUUGCUUUUUUGUUGCUGCCGUUGUUCUCUCAUUGGCUUGGUCCUCUCUUCAUGCAGUGUUCAGCCUCCUCGUCAACUUUGUUCCCUGCCAUCCAAACCUGCACUUGCUUUUUGACAGGCCAGAAGAAGCAGUUCGCGAAGACUCCAGCACACCAUUCCGGAAGGCAAAAGCCUUGUAUGCCUGCAAAGCAGAACACGACUCCGAGCUCUCAUUCACAGCAGGGACGGUCUUCGAUAAUGGAGGAAGCAAAAACCAGCUGCCUGGUUUCCGGAACUGGCCAUGCUCUGGGCCUCCCUCCUUGACCUCAGGUGGGGCAGGGGCAGAGUUCCCCGGCAGGGUUAAAACCAGGAACUUCGCAAAGUCCAUGAAACUCCUAAAAUUUGCAUCCGUCCCAGGAGCCUGGCUGGUUGGAGGGGACUCUGAAUGGAAAGACAGGCCUCAUACCCGAGAACUACGUGGAGUUCCUCUAACCGGGAGCCCUGGAAGAACUGCUGAGCUUUCCACGGUAUCCACGACAACUGCUGAUUCCAGUGUUGUGGGCCAUUGCUUUUUGCCGCUGAGAAAUACAGGGUGACUGACUCUGCUGCUACCUGUCAGCAUGAACGUUUUCGUAAACUCUGGUGUCACACAUCCCCGCGAUCAUCUCAGCUGACAUGCGGUGAUACUGCAAGAAAGAGAAGGAAAUCAGCAGAGGAGGCCAUUUGAUUUUGAUAACCACGAGAAAGGCUUACAGAGCCAUGUCUCUUAUUUAGCACCCUACAUGGGCUGUGCUCAUUUUGUUUUCACAGUCAUCCAAACCCCAACCUUCUGAAAAAGGAAGUCAGUGAGAUACAAGUAGUCCCCAAGAGCAUGCAGUGUAGCCAGCUCUGACAGGGCUGGGCAGUGGCCUGAGAUCUAGGCUGGGUCCACUGCUUUUGUUUACAGUAGACACUCACUCUACCCCACCUCUGAAUACUUGAGCCCUGCAGUGCUCCAGGCUGCAGGGUCUGUUUGUUUGCAUGAAGGAUGGAGAGGGGUCACGGCACUGGUUACACAAGAUCCAAUCUCACCGAUUCUCAAGCAGCCAUUGGCCCAGCAUCAACAGAAUUCUGUCCAGUCCUCUCAUGCAAGAGAACACACUCCAGGACCCCCCUCCCAAGCUGGGAACUUCUCUGCCACCGAGGGCUGCCAUCACCUCAUAAUCAUGGCAACCCAGCCUACUCUAAACCAAACCAAAAAGUAACACAAAAUCUUUGCGUGACAUAUUUUUUUGCCUCCUCCCCCUUUCAGUCAUUUUUUGAAUGGUUUUCCAACAACCUGGUCAAGUUCUGGACUUCCCUGAUGGCUCAGCUGGUAAAGAAUCCGCCUGCAAUGCAGGAGACCUGGGUUUGAUCCCUGGGUUGAGAAGAUCCCCUGGAGAAGGGAAAGGCUACCCACUCCAGUAUUCUGGCCUGGAGAAUUCCAUGGACUAUAUAGUCCAUGGGGUUGCAAAGAGUCGGACACAACUGAGUGACUUUUAAUUAACCAGGUCUACCUGGGGGCAGAUGGAAUAGCAGCUGAGAACCGUUCCCUUUCUGAUGAAUUUCAGCAGCACCAGGAUAUAUUUGGAGCAAACUCUAGUAACCUCGUGAGAUUAAAUUACAUACAGGCUUAAUAUUUCUGUUCUUGCAUGCAACUCGUGUCUGUUUUCUAGAGGGCAACAUGCUGCCUCCUAAAGAGGGACACCGUCUGUCUAUCUCUCUCAUUCCCUCCCGUUCACCUCUCCCUCCUCCUGCCCCUGCCUGCCUCUAGCCUACCACUGACCAGCUCCCCUGGCCAUGCCCUGUGUUGCUCAGCACUGGUCCCCUGGAGGUUUUCAGGCAUGACUCCUGAGCUAAUAACCCCGUGGCCUCCAGUUUAAAAGGACAUACAUGUUCACUGCCACUCAGAAAAAGGGAAUUGUUUCUUAGGCUUUUGGGGUAUGAGACUAAUAUCAGAAGCCAUUGUGAUUUAGGAGGACGCCACAAGGCUGGGGCAUGGAAGGUGGAAUGGGUACCUUCUGAGAAAGAGGAUUUCCUGGACCAGAAGGGGCUGGGUCUUGUGGAAGACCACCUUGGAUGGGGAAGUUUGGCCUGGACAUUUCAACUCCACUUGGCUUCCAAAGAAGAGAGUCCCAGUAUUUCCACACUUGAAUGUCCCUGCAAGAGUGAUUCUGGGCAGACCAACUCCAGAGUGAGGGACUGUCAGGCUCCCUGGGAGCCCUACAGGAAUGGCAGCCAUGUUCCAGAGUGUGUCCUGCUUCCGGAAUUCCUCUUGAGGGAACUUUAAAGAAGAAAAGAAAAACUUGAAUUGUGUUGAAUUACUGUAUCUUUUACAUUUUUUUGAAAAGAUAAAUUUGUAAAUAGAGUGAUUUGAAAUACUAUAUGGCAAAGUUUUAUAUUUGAUAUUCUUUAAGCUAGUUGCUUCACACAUUUAAGCUUUGAUUGCUGAACAAGUGUGUAUAUGAGGCAGAGAGGGGGACACAUGGUCAGAGAGAGCCAAGGUCAGCCCCUCUCUUGCCUUGAGGAAGAAGAUAUUUUCACAUAUUCUUGCUGGUUCUUGGUGGUGGACAUGUCACCUGAAUGGUGUUCAGUCUUCUUUAUCUAGAUGUGGUUUUUUAAGCAUUUCUUGGGCUUUGGCUUUGGAGAUGGAAAGAGCAUCUUCAGGCAAUUAACUUUUCCAAGAACUCCUACCCAGUAGUAAGAUGAAGCUCAGGAUUUAAACAGGUGAGGCCAAGGGUUAGAUUUUUUUUUUUUUUUCAUUUUUCUUCUCAGGUGUAUUUCUUGGUACCCCAAAGUACCAGGACAGAAGAUGGGUUAAUUGUGUGCUCCUUGUAUCUUAUUCUUCUGGCACAUCUUAUAAGGCUUUAUAACCAAGUCCAAGCUAAAAUUUGCAAAUGUUGUGUGUCUAGGUUCUAAGAAAAACUGGCUUAGGAUAUUUAGUUCUUGAUAUGCUGCUGCUUCCUUUUUUCCUAAACAUGUUUAUUCAUCUCAGAUUUCCUCUGGCUCCAAAAUAAGAAAAAAACUCCAAAGAGGGAUGAAGAUUGUGCUAUUAUAGCUUUCUAGAUGACUUUAAAGGUAAUAGGAGUUUGUUGUGAUUCAUUCCAUCAGCUCAGGGAUGACACAGCUAUUACCCAACCCAGAGCAAGUGAGACACUACCAAUGGAUGAGGGAAUAAGAAUUAAGAUUGGAGAAGACUGAGAUAGGACUCAGGGAAGCUACUAUUGAAAACCCAAGAAGAAAAGGCACAUAGGGGCAGCAUACAUGUACUCCUUGCAGACUUUGAACAGCUUGGGGACCAGCACACUCUGUACCACUGUGCUUUCUAACUAGAGUGCAACAUAAUGCUUUUAAUACAUUUGACGUUUUAGAUCACCUGCCCCAUCAGAUCCUUAACUGGAGCUACUGUGGGGGCAGCCAGAAGGUCCAGACCCUGGCUUUCAGAGCUCCUUACUGAAGCGUACCUGUAGACAUUUGGCCCCACCUUGACCACUUUGGAAACAUGUCCCUGCCUCCUCAGUUAGCCCUGAUUUGAAGCUGAGGGAAAUUGGACUGGCGCCAAUGGGAAUUUUAGGUAGAGCCCUUCCUGGCUUCUCUGGGCAAUGCUGGGCCCUGACAGAUGGCUGCUCUGCUUCCCUUUCCCUGGCCAGGCUCCCCUCCUCCCCAUCAGCUACAGAACUGGAGACACUGUUCAGAAUAUGAGCCAAUGAAAAAGAAGGAACUUAAGGACUGAAAAUGGGUUUUGCCCUCCACUACCUUUGCUCCUCAUUUCUGACACUUGUCUUUUGGAAGAAGGGAUGUUAGGGCAGAUUAGGGGAGUGAACUGGGUAACAGAGUGGAAUACUGUGGACCAAAAUCUCCGAGCUUUCCCAGGAGUCUCAUGUUGCUUUUGGAAGGCCCUGGGAUCAGGUGGGCAGACAUAGCCUGAGUCUUCUGUGGGCAUCAAGAUCAGUCUCUCACUCCUCCUCCAGGUACUCCCAGAAUUCCAUAGCUACAGAAUACCAUGUCUUGAAAAGACAAUUAGUUUCACAGUCUUCCCCCAACUCCCCAGGCAAGUGAAGUCCUGACUUGCUCAGGACUGAUAAUAUUCUCUUCUCUUUUCAAAUCUGAACAUAGAGGCAUGUAUCCUGUAUAGCACUGCCAGCCAUGGUGUCCCAGGAUUGGAGCCAGGUUUUAGCUUGGUUUUUUAGUAUUUCUACAGACGAUAAGUAUUUCCUUAUGUCAGACCAAACUGGGUUUUGUUUUUUUUUCCAGCAUAAUUCCAGUUCAUGUCCUCUUGCUGAGUCCUUUUUGGAUAGAGAGAAAGAGAGAAAAUGGAACAAUCAGGUAUUGGCCAACUGGUAUUAGCAACACAAAGUCAUGCUAGUGACAGUGUCAUUUCAGGUUUGCCAAGACUCUGCAGUUAUGUAUGCCAUGCCUAUAGCUCAGAUGGAGGUCCUUCUGCCAUGAGAGCUUGUAUCUCUUGAAAGCAGCAUCCCCAGUGACACCAAAAACUAUUUUGACUGUAUAGAUCCUAAAAACAUCCAUGAUUGAGGAGUAGUGAGACCGAAAUAAUCGACUGAAGUAACACGAUCAACUACUCAUGACUGUCUUGGCACAUUUCAUCUUCUGGCUCCUGUUUCCAAAAGAAAAAUCUGGAGCACUCCCCUUUAUAGACACAGAACUCCUAGGUACAACAGUGGCUGUCAUGGCACUCACAGUUCCCCCUAGCAUUGAAUGUUUUAUGAGCAAUCAUGUUACCCGAGUAGGUAGCCAGCGUUGAGGAAAAUCAACAGCUUCUUGACUACCUGACUUUGAAAGGAAUGGCCUGGGUGUUCUUCUAGGGAGUUAUCUGUCAUAUCUGGCAAACUUGACAGUGAUUAUUUACCUAGACAACCCUUCCCCACUCCUUUAAGUCAGCUGUGUGUCCUCUCACACACCCUGUGUCGGCAUUUAAAAAAUGUAUCUUCUUGUGCUUCAAAUGUGUUUGACAGGCUUGUGUGCUGGGUGCAGAAUCACUUUUCUGUAAGUGUAGCCUCCCAAUGACAACAGCCAUGGAAUAAUGGACCUUGCACAAACCUGAGACCUUACACAAACCUGAGCAUACCUGAGACCAGACUCCACCAAGUCAUAAUUAGCUUUUUCUUUUUACUGCCUACAGUACCUAUCUAACUAAGGAACUUCCUAGAGCAGAGGGAGAGGCCAUGUAGAGAAUCCACACAUCAUCCAGAGCCAGCCCUGGCUAAAAUGUGGCCUCCUAAUGGAAGGAUUUGUAUUCUUAGAAGAAAAAAGAUUGGGUGUAAAGUAAUGCUAGUAGCAGAAAGGGAUAAACCAUGCUGAAGAACUGUGGAUUUUUUUAAAGAAAGAUAAAUGUAGUUCUUAAUAGGGGGGGGAAUCUAUCACAUGAAAAGGUCACAACUAAUAUUUUACAAAAGUUUUACAGGACACUACAAGAUGAAAACAUCUUUCAAGGCAGAAUGCCUUAGCAAGCAAGGCUAAGGACCUUAGCACAGUCCUGGACCCAUGUAAGUAUAGCAAUUACUAUUACAUCAGAAUUCUACCGAGUGUAGUCAGUGAGAACCAAGAGGAGUGAUAAAGUGUCAGAAUUACCUGGGCAGUCCUGGAGGGGCCAAGACAUUCAGCACCUUUCCACAUCAACCAUUUCUAUAGAAUUGUCCAAACAGACCCUGCAUGCAGCUUCUUUGGGUAUCCAGAUGCCAGGGUCAACCUUGUACCUGUGAGAAGAGGUUCAUCUGGUGAUUCUUAAGUGUAUCUGUAUUAGUAUGUGUUUGUGUGUAUGUGUGUGUGUAUGUACAGCUCACAUUUACAUAUAUAACGACACAGACUGUCUUCUAGAAACCCACAUAAGCUGGCAGUUGCUGAGCCUUGACAGCCUUUAAGAUUUAAAGGUUGAGAAUUACAGAAACAAGAGGGGCUGUUGACAGAUGAUCAGAAUGAUCAAAGAUGUAAAUUAAGUGCCAUUUUGAAAUUUUGUUCAUAUUUAUCAGAUGGUUACUAUCUACAGCUAUAUUCCUUAUUAACUUAUUAAGAGUCAUGUUGAAAAAAAAGAUCAAACUCAUAAACAGUAAGUCAUUCAUACUAGGCUAGUGUUCACAAGCACUCUAAAAGACAUUUUGUCCAUUACUUUGAAGAAAAUAUUUGCAUGUUUAGUUCAUAAUUUAGGCUACCUUUGAGUAUAUUAUAAAGUGCUGUGUGAUAUAAUAUCAAUAAAGUACUUAAAAAUGGCACUUUAAUGUUUUUUUUAAAAAACCGUAAAUGCACUGUUUUAAACUUCAGUUCAGUAUUGAAUAUUGACUGGUGUGUAGAAUCCUAUUUCUUAAUUAAAAAGUAACUUGUGACUAGAAUAGAACUUUUCCCCUGUUAUUCAUAAAACAAUUUUGCCAUGUUCGGGCUUUAGAACAGACAAACCAAAAAAAAACUGUGCUUUCAUGUCACUAAGCAUAUCUAUAAAGAAAAUAUAGUUUCUGUUGAGUGACUUCUGAAACUUGGCUUUCUUACAUUUGGUUGGUUUAUGUGACAAUCUCUGUGAAAUGAGUGGAAGUAUGAUUUUUGCAUUAAAUGACUUUUCCAUUUGGUGGUAUGUUUGUCUCUUGAAUUUCUGACAAAGUUUUGUUUUGAUGUGAUGCAUAUUUUAAUAUUUGUUUCAAAUAAGCAAAGACCAUGAUCAGAAGUUACAAGUGUGGUCUCCUGUGGUCCCUGGCGACAACCGCUGUGCUGAUUUCUGGUUUCCUUUAGGGAGAGGUCCGCUGCUCGUGAACUACAAUUAAGCUGCAGAGUCACAUUCCAAUGACUGUUUCUGAAUUUAUCUCUUGGGAAACAUAUUUUAUUCUUCCUAAAUUCGAUUGUCAAAUCAACCAUUUUCUGGAACUUCCAUUAACAGUCUGGAAUAACCAAAGAGCCAGAGUGUAGACAGUCCUGUCACAAAGUUGGGUGUGUCUCCCAGGGUUGUAUUAAUAAAUCAGUUACUUGUGA